AUGGGCGACGAUGGUGUUUCUCGGGCGAAAAGCGCGGCUGCUGUGAGGGAGAUUAAGGUGGACGCCACGAGGGACGAGCCGCUGCUAUGCCAUCGGCUGGAGAAGGAUAACUUCCCCGUGGUGCGUGCUGCUGACGUGGCGUGUGCUGCUGACGUGGCGUGUGCUGUUGACGUGCUGUCUGCUGCUGGUCAUUUGGUGGGAUCUGCUCCCGUGCAGCUCAUCAUGACUCGCACAGAGCCACACAUCUCUGCUGUGCGCUCACAACAAUCACAUGCGACACAAUCACAUGAAGCACAGUCACAUGCAUCGCAGCAGCAGCCCUUGGCUUACUUCGAUGGAGCAUUGCGCAAGCAUGAGCGGAUAGCAGCUACAUUUUCUGAUGCUCUUGCACUGGCGUGUGCGUCUCCCCUUGCUGCGGGAGCGGAAGCAAGCACCAGGGGGAGAAUCCAUGGAACUGAGGCGGGAGGGGGCGAGGAGGAGCAGGGCGGUGGGCUGCAGGAGAUGAUACGAGCCAUGGCGUCCGGUGCAGCUCCACUGGCGUUCUACCUCGCCCAGCCAUUGGUGCUGGACGCAUCUCGCCUCACGUCGUCCAAUCUGUGGAUGACACUUGGCGGCCCGUCCUCCUCCUCGCCUCACUACGACCUCUUUCACAACCUGCUCUGCAUUGCAACCGGCUCUAAAACAUGUGAGGAUGGUGGUGGUGGUGAUGGUGGUGGUGAGGAUGGUGGUGGUGAGGAUGGUGGUGCAGCCAUGGUGACUCUUCAUUCUGGAGAUGCGCACUUCCUGCCUGUGGGAGGAGGCGUGAGGGUGAGGGAGGAGGUGGGGGGUUGGGGAGGAAUGGAGUGCAAGGCAAAACGAGCAGCAUCGAUGGGCGCAGGAGGGGUGACCGGCGAAGGGGCUGCUGGGGAACAGGCACUUGGGGGGCGACAGGCAGUUGGGGGGCGACAGGCAGAGCAACAGGAGAGGAGGGAGAUGGGGGAGGAAAGGGAAGAGGAAAGGGAGGAGGAAUGGGAGGAGGAAAGGGAAGAGGAAAAGGAGGAGGAAAGGGAAGAGGAAAGGGAGGAGGAAAGGGAAGAGGAAAAGGAGGAGGAAAGGGAAGAGGAAAGGGAGGAGGAAAGGGAGGAGGAAAGGGAGGAGGAAAGGGAAAAGAAAAGGGAGGAGGGAAGGGAGGAGAGAAGGGGGGAUGUAAGGGAGAGAGAGGAAGCGUCAGAGGAAGGAAGGGGAAAGGAGGAGAGGAAGGAAGAAGGGAAGGGGAGGCGGGAGCUGAUGGAAGGGUUAACACGCCUUCCCGCUCUCCGCACACCAUAUGCUGCUCCACACACUCUCGCUCCUCCCAAAGCUGCUGCAAUACUCCAAGGCGUGGAGGAGCACAGCAAACAGUCGCUGCAAGAAGUGCGCCCGCUGCGCCUGCGUCGCGUCGCCCCUGCUGUCCCGUCCCGUCCGUCGCCCCUGCUGUCCCGUCCCGUCGCCCCUGCUGUCCCGUCCCGUCCCGUCGCCCCUGCUGUCCCGUCCCGUCGCCCCUGCCGUCGCGUCGCCCCUGCUGUCCCGUCCCGUCCCGUCGCCCCUGCUGUCCCGUCCCGUCGCCCCUACCGUCGCGUCGCCCCUGCUGUCCUGUCCCGUCCCGUCGCCCCUGCUGUCCCGUCCCGUCGCCCCUGCCGUCGCGUCGCCCCUGCUGUCCCGUCCCGUGCCGUCGCCCCUGCUGUCCCGUCGCGUCGCCCCUGCUGUCCCGUCGCGUCGCCCCCUUCUGUCCCGUCCUGUCCCGUCGUCCCUGCUGUCCCGUCCCGUCCCGUCGUCCCUGCUGUCCCGUCGCGUCGCCCCCCUUCUGUCCCGCCGUGUCGCGCCGUCCGUCCCGUCCCGUCCCGUCCCGUCCCGUCGCACGCGCCCUGUGCGCCCUGCCCGUCCAUCGCGCCCCCGCUGCGCCCUGCCCGUCCGUCGCGCCCCGUGCGCUCUGCCCGUCCGUCGCGCCCCGUGCGCCCUGCCCGUCCGUCGCGCCCCGUGCGCCUUGCCCGUCCAUCGCGCCCCCGCUGCGCCCUGCCCGUCCGCGCCUGUCGCGCCCGUCCCUGCCAGACGCGUCCGUCCCAUCGUGUCGCACUGUCUGUCACGCCUUCGCAGGCCCUUUAG